UUUCACAAAACCAUUAUGGCGAUGUACUGUUCUGAAAUUUCGAAAAUACUGAUCUUCCUUUCAUUUACACUUACUAGUGCCUAUGCCUGUGGUCCCCCACCCGCGUUGCCUUAUGUUGACAUGAAUUUUACGACGUCACAGCGCACCAUGUGUCCGGGUACCGUGCUCCAUUUCAACUGCAGCAACUCGACCUCCAGUAAACAUCAUGAAAAAGUAACAGUUACAAUGGUCUGUCUGACCAACAACAAAUGGGAAAUCCACGGAGCUUCGCAUUGUGAACCGGAGCGGUGCUACGUUGCCUUUGCAAUAAUACUGACAGCAUCAGUCAUAGCUGUUUCGAGUGCCACGACGUAUAUAGCCACAAUGGUGAUAAUCUGGAUUCUGAAUAGAAAAUCAAGGUACCAUAAAAUAAAAGGGGAUGCAGAUGAUGAUCUUCACAAACCAUUAAAAAUGAAGAUCUAAAUGAAGGAAGAAAAGCCACGUUGACGUGAAAUUUCAGCCUAGUGAAUCUAUUUUAUCACGUACCUGUGAUAUAUAUGCUAUGGUCCUUUACAAGACAGUACAUUUGUACUAAUAUUAGAUCAUUAACAAUAUACUUAAACAUCUAUAUCUUCAGAUAAUUGUAAUCUAUUUUUACUACUCUAUAACAUAUUAGAAUUCCUUGAACAAUUGUGUAGAUUGCUGUUGAAAUUCAAAAACAUGUUCUCAAUUCAGUGGUUCAGAUUCUUUAACUUGGAUAAGGGGCAACAAAACUAAAUGUAUCAGAAUAUCCUGAGGCCAGGGCCGAUUAUCAUUACAACUUUAUAUACCUCCAUAUUUAUCAUUGAACUUGUUAU